AUUGAAGGCACUGGCAGCCCUGCCUCUAAGGGGAGGGUAAGAUAAGAGUCCGUUGGAAAUCCUCCUCGAGUCAGAGUCUCAUAAUCAACGCAACACAGACAGCUCGCGCGCGCCCGUGCACGCGCUGGAUAUUGAUAAGGAAACUAAAGAACUAAGUUAUAUAAUACAUGUCGCUUUAAUUACGGACCGAACGAGAUGCUGGACGGAGAGACAAUCUUGGAUUGGAAAGACUUUUUUUAGAUAUAACUUUUAUUUUUUUUAAGGGUGAUGUGGAGUCAGAGAAGAUUUUGUACAACACAAAGGACGACAUGCAUCACUAUUUAGGAGACUUAUAAAACUUAAAUGCGUGUGGUCACACUUGACCAAGUACUUGGGUUUCCUCUGUAGCCUGCUUUUUGAUGUCGGAUAUUAAAAAAGAGACGUCUUUAUUGGCCUGGAUUUUGUAAAACGAUUUUUCUCAAAUUAAUUGAAUCACAAGCUGUGGGAUUUUGGGGCUGUGCUGGGAAACUCUCUUCGCGUUAAUCCGCAAACUGCUUUUCAAAGGACUUCAAAUGGGCCACAGAAAAGAGACUCAUUCUGCCGUGGAGGGCAAUCUGAAUGUUUGCGCACUGAGAGGAAUGUCAAGCCUCCGCAGCCGCUGAGGGGCUCACAACUGCUGUUUCAUUAACCUGGUAUUUGCUCGAGAGCCGCUGUCCCGCGCGCCCGGUGCUGAGCGUCUCGUGCGUGCGCGUCUCUCUCGAUGCGCGCUGUCCCGCGGAGCCCCGCAGCGGCACGGCAGCAAGAUGAGAUCGCGGAUCCCGCUUCUUCUCGCGGUGCUGGCGGCGGCGUGUCUGCAGUUCGGCAGCGCGGAGGGCGAUCCUCUCCCGGCUGCUGUGGUCGAUCUGGUAAAGAGUGGAUCUGUGUCGUCUGUGCAGGAUUUGCAGUUUCUAUUGUCCAUAGAGGUUGAGCCAGAUGAUCACAGUUACAAUGACAGCAGUAACCGUCUGCCACGGAGUCUCGAUGCUCAGCCCGCUCAGCAAGCCGUCUGUAAGGUCCGGACGGAGGUCAUUGAGGUCACACGCUCCAUGUUGGACCGUAGUAAUACACAUUUCAUGUUGUGGCCUCCAUGUGUGGAAGUCCAGAGGUGUUCAGGCUGCUGUAAUACCAAAAGUUUGCAGUGCGUUCCUGUACUCACACACACACGAUACCUUCAGGUGAUGAAGAUACAAUACGUGAACAAGCGGCCGCUCUAUGACAAGGCUGUCGUCUCUGUCCUCGAUCACGUAGAUUGCCGCUGUCAACCGGUUCCUCGCACCACCCAGCGCAAGAAGUCGUCCACCAACAAACAGGAACCACGCGAUCGUUCAGGAAAAUCUCACUCUAAAGUUGAGCUCCACCAGAGGGACGAAUUCAAACCCAACCAGAGGCUCAGCUUGGAGGACCUGCUCAGCCACAGCUGGAUACCAAAAGAGAGGCUCCACGAAUCGGGACCACCAGAUGCUUUUCUACCCUCUGGGGAUAUCAAGCUCCACACAGGCCGUGACGGCUGGGGUCUGAACGAGACGCAGUAUGGCGGGGGCAAAGGUCAUCACCAUUACCCUGUCGAUGCACAGAGACAUCAUGGCAGCACAAAUGACACGGGGGUGACGGGUCCGUUACCGAAUCACACAGAGAAGGCAGAAAUUGAGGACGUAGAUUCUCUGAACAAUUUAACAAAGGCUGUUGAAAGAGAACGAUCAAAUGCACAAAACAAUGCCAACCGAAGUACAACCAAUCGGACAACGGAAUAUAAGAUUACGCCAACGGAACUGACAAAUAAAACUUUGAGGCAUCAGUCAAAUCUCAAACACGAAAUCAAUCACACAGGAAGUAAAGAAGUGGAUCAGUUACAAAGACACAAUCUCAAUUUUGCAGGGACCAAUCAAACGGAUCAGAUUGUCUCCGAAUCGGCAGAGAAAGCCAAACAACAUCAAGGAGAUUUGUUUCGGCCUCUUGAGGUGAACAAUAAGACUUCAGAUGUUGAGAAGAGAGAGGAUGAGAAGGAAGAUGACAAGAUGAGCCCAGAACAAAAACCAAAGGACAAGGAGAUGGAGGACCUGCUGUUACUGCACAAACUUUUAGAAGAUGAAGAAAAACAGAAACAUCACCUCAAAGCUCAACAAACGAACAGAGAACAGGAUGAGAAACUACAGCACCUCCACCACAAACAACACACAACCACACAACAAACAGGAACCAUAUCUCCUCCAUUGCAGCGUUCUCCUCCGCGCACACCUCCCCGACCUCCGCCACAGCCACCGAAUCGCAGAAGAAAACAGCGUAAACGCAUUAGCAAAUCAGCCAUGAGAGCUCUUCUCAUGUAGGACCAACACGACAGAAAAGAUGUUCAGAUGGAUGCAGCCACUCCCAUCCGAGAUCUUAUUUAUAUAACCUUCCCGGGACAUUAAGAAUUACUGCACUAAUCACCAAUCAUACCCACAAAACUCUCACCUCUCACAACAUGAUGCUCCCAAUUUCCACCUUAAUUUAUGAGGAGAAGGACAAUCGUGUCACAGAAUGUGCUGCAGAUUUUGGGUCUUUUGCCGGAUGUUCCUAUUGAAUUCUAUAGAAUGGAUGUUCAAGCUGAGAGAUACAAAGUCAGACUUAGGGACCGUGACUGAAAAAGUUCUACAUGUUGGAAGGACUGAACUCCACACUGGACACUAAACGAAUUUGCAGUGAUAAAGAAUGAACAAAAAAUCUAUUUCCCACGAUCAUAGGAAACGGUUUAGUUGCAGCUGUGCUACAUCCUGUUGUAUUGCAAUCAGAAAAUAGUUGUAAUUUCUGUUUUUGUUGUGGGAUUGAUGCUAAAACUGAGGCCUGAAGAGUAUCCAUCAUCUGGCACAAAAAGAGGAGCAUCACAUUUUAAAUGAUUCCCUUUUGCAUACACAGAGAGAUAAUUAUGCAAAAUUUUACUUUAAUACAUUACCAAGCAAAUGCACAAACUACCUUUGCUAUAACUGUUUGCCGUUUCAUUUUUUAUUAUUAUUUAAGCAAUUCUUAACACUGGAAAUUCACACAGGAUGAAGAAAGGGAAAAGCAUUUCUAUCUCAGUUACUUCUCUUAGAGUGUAAAGGUGCUACAUUAUAUAUAACACGAAGCAGUAAGAGUUUUAUCAUUAAUAUUAUUUAUUAUUAAAUCACAGCAGAACCAGCGUUUUAUCAUACUCUUACAAAACACUCACCAAGAGACCAACAUGUUUAAAAUGUGGAUUUUUGUUUCCGCAUAGGUCAUUGUCUGUCUGUCUGUGUUGGAUCUGUACUAAACUGUUGGUGCGGAAUUUGCACCCAUUUUUAUACACAGAAUAAAACUGAAACACUAA